AUGGAAAAUAUAUCAAUAUCUUAAUUUUUAGUUGGUUCAAUAAUUUUAGUUGCUAUUUACGUUGUCUAUUAGAUUUUUGACUAUAGAAGUAGUAUUAAAAGAGCAGAAAUAAACACUUAAUAGGUAUAAAAUGAAGAAAAGACUUAAAGUCCUCCUAAUCCAGAAAAAUUAGGUAUGCAAUUUAAAUAUAAGAUAAGAGAUUGCAUCACUAAAGUUAAUGACAUUAAAAGAUGUUAAAUAGAAUAAUGGGUAAGGUGGCAAGAACGUAUUUGUAGCAAUAAAAAAUUUUGUAUUUGAUGUAACAAGCUCAGGUAAUAAAAUAUAUAUUUUAAAUAGAUUCAUAUAAACCUGAUGGCCCUUAUGGAGUAUUUGCAGGACAUGAUAUAUCAAUAUCAUUAGGGAAAAUGAAUAUAUCAGAGGAAUUUUUAGAUAUGUAUGGCACUGUCACAUAGCCAGAAGAUGAAAUAGCUAAUAUGAAUAGUUGGUUCAGUUAUUUCUAUACAAGAUAUCCUGUAAUUGGAAGAUUAGAUGAUAAAAAAUAGGAUUGA